CCUUCAAGGUCAUCAGUCAUCUCGGUUUGGCCAGGGGGUCUUCUAGAAGGUUGGACCUCCUCACCACCAUGAAAGGUUUGGGGACCAAUCGUAACAGACACCUGUCUGACUCCUGUGAGCCUUCCCCCGGCCAUGCAGACGCUCUCUACUCUCAGAAGACCAGCACUCUCCCACGUAGCCCUUACCUGCUGAGCCCCACAAUGGACCACUACGGCACCAUGGACCCUCAUCUCUAUCCAUCAGCCAACCCUGGCUCCCUUCCACCAGAGUGCAUGCUGCCUCUCAAUAACCAGCUGUCCAAUAGCAGCACCUUCCCCAGAAUUAACUAUAACUCCUACGACCAGUCUGACUUCUCCCCGCCUGGAGACAGCAUCGGGGGGAUAAGCACAGGGACCAUGGGAACAUCCAUGUCCAUGGGCAUGGGGACAGGCAUGAGCAUGGCAGGACUGAGUGCACGUACACCCAUGAUUACAAGCGGCUCAGCAACUAUAUCACAUCAUAUGACCAAGAACCAGGCGCCAUCCAGUCUGCUGGAGUUUGACAAGCAGCUACCUGGAGGGCGUGAUGGAUUCAGCACGUUGCAGUUUCAUAGAACGUCCGCUGCUGCUGCUGCCGCCAAGCAGCGCACAGACAGUCCUGGUCGCAUCCGCUAUAUGCUGCACUCAGUGCAGAAGCUCUUUGCAAAGUCCCAGUCACUGGAGGGCCACAACAUGAAAGGGAAUGUCAACGGACGCUCCACUGGCAGCGGCGGAGGCUCGUCUAGCACCGAAGAUGGUGGGAAGCAAAAUCGCAGAUCCAAAAGUAAAGAUCGGGGUACAAAAUCAGAGGCGACUGCCAAGCGACGGCCACGCUCCAACAUGUCAGGUUAUUGGAGCUCAGACGAUUUGGACAGCAGCGAUUUGAGCAGCUACCAUAACACCAUGGCUAUGAUGACUCUUGGGCGUCCGACUGGCCAUGACAGCCAUGGGGGACAAGGCAGAUACAUUCACAGUGGCUACAACACCAUCAGCUCCUCCAAAAGCAGCAACGACAUGAAGUAUCAGACGCACACUGGGCCUGGUUUUGGAGGAGCUGAUGGACUAGGUGGAGCAGGAAGAAUGGUAAUAAAUGAUAAUGACUAUAUGAAGGGAGGGUCCUGGUCCACGCUGACCAUGGGCCAGCCGAGACAGGUGAUCCAGAAGGGCUCAGCAACUCUGGACAGGUCCAUGCUCAAGUCCAAAUCCUGCCAACCUGAACUAACCUGCAACUACCUGCAGGUUGGACGAAGGGGUGAUUGGAGUAGCACUUUAGGCCGCAGUGGAGGAGCCCAUGAAAUCCCAUGUCGGCGGAUGCGCAGUGGUAGCUAUGUGAAGGCCAUGGGAGACAUGGAAGACAGCGACGACUCGGAGGGAAGCCCCAAACCCUCGCCAAAAACCGCUGCUCGUCGCCAGAGCUACCUCAGGGCUACGCAGCAGUCUCUCAGCGACCAGCUACCCCCACGCAACAGAACCCUGGAUUACACCUUGUUGCAGGGGGAGCUGGAUGCCCUGUGGUCUCCGCUCCACAGUGUGUCCUCUCUGCACCAGCUGGGCAGGUCAAUGAGCAGCUGUCUUCCAUCUCUCAGAGAGCUCUCCAAUAACCGCAGCCUGGACAACCUAGACUGCAUCGGUGGUACAGUCUCGUCUUUGCCACCCUGGGAUGAUGAUGACUUCAGCCAGGCUUGCAGUACCUUGGGCAGACGUAGCUGCUUGGCACAGCUACGGGACCUGGAAAUGAGUCAUCAUUAUGAGGACCGCAGCUCUGAGUCUACAUACAGAGAUUCCCGUUCCCACUCUCAGGACAACCCAGAGCCUCCAGACUUGCCCAUGCCAACAUGCUUCCGAUCCCGCAGCCACAGCUACCUGAGAGCCAUCCAGGCAGGCUGUUCCCAAGAUGACGACACAGCAUCCAUAGACUCGGGCUGCUCACCGCCUCCGAUUGACACCACUGUUCGCACCUACAGCACCAGCACUGACGGCCUUUCUACACAGUGGAAGACAUGGAAAGAACAGUUUGGCUCUUACCUGAUAGCCACUGGCUUGGACAAAGCUCCAAAGGAGAAACAACUUGCAAUUUUUCUUCAGCGUUUGGGGACAGAAAGACAACGCAUCCUACCUGCACACACAGUCUCUACAUGCAUAACCACCUGUAAGAAGGCUGCUCCUCCACCAGUGCCGCCACGCACAACCUCCAAACCCUACAUCUCUGUGACAGUACAGAGCAGCACAGAGUCAGCACAGGACAACUACCUGGACCAGCAGGACCGGAGGUCGGAGGUCAACAGCCAGUCAAGCCACGCUCAUAGCAACUCCUCUGACAGCCUUGACAGCACCCGUGCCAACAGUCUGGCCCGGGGCAUUCCCCGCCCUCCACACAUCAUCCCCACUCCCAUCGCCACCGCGAGAGAUCCAAUCGCCCCAACCACCACUAAUGCUUCCACUGAGACAAGUGACUCAGUAGUUCAGCAUGAAUCACUUAAAUCAGGAGUAAACAAAGGGAAUCUAGUGGCAGAGGAGCCCCUAGUGGCGCCAGUUCCCAGGCGGAAGCUGUCCUCCAUUGGCAUACAGGUUGACUGUAUUCAGGAAGUUCCACGAGAGGAGACCCCACCAUUGGCCAAAUUUCAGUCAAUUGGAGUACAGGUGGAGGACGGGUGGCAGCUCAGUCGUUCCAGCAGCAUGGCCUCAAAACAAGAAAUGGACUCAGACACACAGGACAUCCCUGUCAUCUCCCAUAUCAACAACGCCAAACAAUCUGAAAAGAAAGUUAUGGUCAACAGUGCCAGCCAAUCUACAAGCUCCCCACCUGGACAGGACUAUUUAGACAACGGAGACGCUACUGGUGACACCUCCUCACCUCCACCGCCCAGGCAGAUUCUCAACCGCUCAACCACACGAAGUAGCUCUUCCUCCUUUUCAGAAAGUCUGGACCCAGCGCUAGACCCCUCAUCUCUACCUCCUCCAGACCCUUGGCUGGAGAGUGGGAAUGGGAGUAACAACAGUGUUCCCCAGAGCGGAGGAGGGGGGACGCUGUGUCGGAGAGACGGCCACUGGUUCCUGAAGCUGCUGCAAGCCGAGACGGGACGCAUGGAAGGCUGGUGCCAACAGAUGGAGCAGGAGACCAAAGAUAACCAGCUCUCAGAGGAGGUGCUGGGGAAGGUUCGCAGUGCAGUCGGAUGUGCCCAGCUCCUAAUGUCCCAGAAGUUCCAGCAGUUUCGGGGACUGUGUGAACAAAACUUGAAUGUGAAUGCCAACCCCCGGCCCACAGCCCAGGACCUGGCAGGUUUCUGGGACCUGCUGCAGCUCUCUAUCGAGGACAUCAGUCUCAAGUUUGAUGAGCUCUACCACCUCAAGUCCAAUGACUGGCAGCCAAUUCCGUCUGCGGCUGCCCAGUCGCCCCCUGAGCGGAAGGACGAGGAGAAGGAGGCCACUCCAGCAUCAAAGAAGCCCGGUAAGGGACGACCACAGCUGGGCCGCGAGAAGAGUGCAGACUCUUCAUCCACGUCUUCUUCGGCCUCAGCAGAGAAGCAGAGACAUGAGGCUCGCAAGCGUCUACUGGCUGCUAAAAAGGCUGCCUCGUUUCGCCAGAACUCCGCCACAGAGAGCGCGGACAGCAUCGAAAUCUAUGUCCCCGAGGCCCAGACUCGUCUCUGAGAGAGACAGUGAGAGGGAAGGAAGUAGGGUUGGAUCAAAAGACAGAUAAGUAUCACUGAAAUACCUGGAAAAACGAGAGGAAAACUUUUGCAAUGCAAAUGAGCUACUCUGAGUAAAGCUGGAUGGAGAUUGGGGGGAGGAAAGGUCAAAUUCUCAGAGAUUGGGGUGGGGGUGGAUUUGGGCAUUUUUGACAUACAGUUAUGGGCUGGUCCUGGUGGCAUCAAACGCUGAUUUAACGGAGCAGAAAAAGGAAAAGUGAAGCUGUGUGGACUCAACAGACUACGAGGCAGGAGACUCCUCCUUUGAGGCUGCCAUUGAAAACCUCAGAAGAUGAACUUUGUCCUUUCUUGUUACUGCUCUUGAUAUAAUAAAAUUGAAAGUAUUGUUAUUAUGAUGACUAUAUCCUAAAGAAUCUAUAUGAAGACUGUUUUAAACGUUCCUCUAUCUUGGCUAUAAGAUCUAUUAAGCGGACAGAAGGCAAACAAUAAUGCUCUUUUGUCUCCCAUCGUCCUCCUCUCUUCCCAGAUCAUUGGCCAUCUUGUAGCUUUGCACAACACCGCCUUGUGGCCAUCACACACUGUGCACACUACAUCACUGCACUCACACACUACAAACUCACACCUAUGUACGUCUUCCUUGUAUUUAUUUGUUUACUUUUCUCGUCCUUUGUUUUGUAUAAAAAUAUGUUUAGAUCUGGUUAUUAUGAAUAUUUUUGGUAUGAUGAAAAUCAAAGUCAGAUUUAAAGGGUGGUUUAUAUAGUUCCUAACAAUUAACUUGUGUAUGUGUGUGUGUCCUUCAAAAUGUUCUUGUGUCAAAGAUUUUAAACACUGGUGAGAAUCUGUAAAGUUUAGUUUCUUAAUGAUUUUUAAUGAAAGCACAUCCCGAUAUUGAUGAUGACCGAGCAUGAGGAUCUCUAUUUCCAGCCAGAAUGUCAGCGGCCAUAAUAUUACUAAUUAUUUUCUUUGUAGGGAAAUGUCUUCAACUCAAAUCUCUUUUUGAUUCUCUCUGUCCCAUGAGCUUCAAAUUUCAUGUUUGUGCUGUAACUGCAGAUAUGUGAAUAUUUCAGUCAGGUUUUUUGUUCCGUCUGUUUGUUUGAUGCUUCUUUAAGUGCUUUUAUUAACCUCACUUAGCAUUCAACUCGUACAUCUCCAAUGAAUCUGGGGCUUUUAUCAAAGUAAUGCAGCAGGCUGAAUAUGCAGGAUAGCAUUUUUAUUUUUGGUGGGGACACACAUUAGGACGUGUCUUUCUGUUAUUUUUUAUACUAUGUUCCCAAGAGCAUUUCGAUUUAUUUUGCCUCCCAUCACUCAACAAAAUCAAUCUUAGUUAUUUUUUACCAUCAUCGUUUCCCGUCAUUGAACAUCAUCCAAAGUACCUGCACUUUUUUAUUCAAAGAUCAAAUAUUUAAUUAAAGCAUUGCAUACAUUAGCCAUUG